UUUCUUCUCGUCCGACAACUCCCUGAGUUGGACCUCCGAACUGAAUCAUGCAACUUGAUCAACAAAGGAGAAUUGUUUGCACAUGCUUCUCGGUGCACUCGAACCGUACAUGCUCAACGAGAGUGUUAAAAUGCAUCUCAGAACAAACGUUCUUCGUGCAGCAGGUCCUUGAAGCGAUCAGCUGAAAAGCAUCCAGCUCCAUGACAUUUUUUCUUCUUCGCCCUCGAGAUUAAGUCAUGGGUUGUACCGCUAGUACGGAACGACAGGGUGAGUGGCAAGACACUGCGUUCCAGUCCUUAGGAGAGCUGCGGGGUGCGUUGAGAUGGAGUGGACUGCGCUCGACUAAUCUCAUCAUUGGCAUCGACUUCACACGCUCAAAUACGUGGAAUGGCAAGCUUUCGCUCGGCGGACGUAGCUUGCACUUCAUUGAUCCAACAGGAUCGAUUCUCAAUCCGUACCAGAUUGUUAUCAACAUCAUCGGCCGCACUCUGCAUUCACGCAAGAGCAAGAAGCCAAUUCACGUAUUUGGUUUCGGUGAUUCUCGUACGGCUGAUCAAUGUGUGUUCACAUUUCUUCCCGACGGAAGCCCAUGCCGAGGUGUGGAGCACGUACUAAAGCGGUAUAAGGAGAUUACCCCUGAGCUCGUGCUCGGAGGACCCACCAACUUCGCCCCCAUAAUUUAUCACGCAAUUUGUCAAGUCAAAGCGAGUGAGAAGUGCCAGAUACUCGUCAUCAUCGCAGACGGCCAGGUUACAAGUAAGAAAGAAACAUCUCAAGCCAUUGUUGAAGCCUCCAGAUAUGCAUUGUGUAUGCUCAGCCCAAGAAGUUGUCAUUUUUUUUUUUUUUUUGCAGUUUCUCACAUUUAAUUUUUCGAACGGCGUGUGAAAAUGCAACAGCAAUUAUUGUGGUUGGCGUUGGUGAUGGCCCAUGGGAAGAGAUGGAACAGUACAAGUCCACUUUGCCUAAGCGUAAUUUCGAGAACUUCCACUUCGUCAAUUUCAACCACGUCAUGUGUGAAAACCCCGAACAACCAGCUUUAGGUCUGGCGAUUGCAGCGCUGGCACAUAUUCCAGGUAUAUUUUCUUCUUGGUACAUUGCCGCUUAGUGCUAACAUGACGUCUAUCGAACAGACCAACUCGCAGCAAUUCGCAGACUGGGUCUCCUCAAUGAAAACGAUGAGUGAAAUGAACGACUUCAGUGUAGCGUAGUGACAACCUAGCAAUAAUGGAAAACCAAAUACCAGAUUUCAUCUGCACGACUACAGACGACUUAGAGAA